UAAUACACUUCUCCACAUACGCACACACACACGCACACAGUCAAAUUUUAUUAUUUAUUUUUGUUUUCUGCUGUGCUAAAACUUUUGAAGCGCCAAAGAUUAUUUCUAGAAGGACUUUACACACACAUUUAAUAAACUUAUAAUGGAUAAAAGCAGAGCUACCAGUACAAGUACUUUGGAGAAAUGGGGAUUUCCAUUGCUGGAGCUUUAUCGUCUCGCCUUCACCUUUUAUAAACAAAACUCGGGCAAGGCCAUUCAUCUGUCCUACGAGGACAAUCUCAAGUUAAUCGCCUUCAAGCAACAGGCCGCCUUGGGCCCUUUCAAUACGAAUCAUGCGCCGGCACUUGGAGUUCUGGACGUGAUUGGGCGCGACAGACAGCAGCACUGGCAGCUGUUGGGUGAUAUCACACGGGAGCAGGCAAUGGAGGGCUUCAUCGAUCUGCUGGACACAAUGUGCAGUGCCUUUCGUCCCUAUAUCGAGGCGGUGCGUCAGAAUCGCGAUGCCAAUCUGAAAGCUGACCUGCGGCGCAUGGAGCUAGAGAAGGAGGCGCGCGAGAAGCGCGAACGCGAGCAGCAGGAGCUGCUCGAGGAGGGUUACAAAGAGGAAUUGCAACGGCGUCAGCUACAGGACGCACUCAACAAGCAAACGUAUCAGCAAUUUAAGCUGUAUGCGGAGAAGCAGUUUCCUGGCAAUCCCGAGCAGCAGGCUGUGCUCAUCCAUCAGCUGCAACAGGAGCACUAUCAUCAAUAUAUGCAGCAAUUGCAUUUGCAGAAUCAAACGCAAUCGAAUCUGAAUCAACAGGAGCAGCAGACGAAAGAAGUGGAUAAAGACAAGGACAUGGACAAGGAUACUAUUGUGCACAAGCAGCAGCAGCAGCAGCAGGAGCACAACAACAGCAACAUGAACAACAAUAACAAUAACAGCAGCAGCGGUGGUAGCAGCAUCAGCAACAAUAGUCCUGGCCAUCCGAAUCUCGUCCAGGCCAUGGAUACACUGCAUCUAAAAGCGUUUGACUGCCAACAGCAGGAGCAGCAAGAACAGCUGCCGGAGCAGCUAGUGGGCAACGAUGAAUACGAGGAUUAUGUGAUGAUACGUCCUGCCAAAAUUUGGACUCGGCCCGAUAUCGAACAGUUCAAGACUGAAGUUUCUGCCGGUGAUGGGGACGGCGUUAUUACUAUUGGACACGGCGAUACGGUAACGGUGCGAGUGCCCACAAAUAUGAAUGGCAAAUGCAUCUUCUGGGAGUUUGCCACGGACAAUUACGAUAUUGGUUUCGGCAUAUACUUUGAGUGGGCAAAGCCCGUUACCAAUGAGGUGACGGUGCAUGUGAGCGACAGCGAUGACUAUAAGGAUUGUGAAGAUGACGACUAUCUAUCGAUCAACGAUGAUUUGGAGUCCGGUUCCCUGUCGCAGGAUCUAAAUUCUCUGGCCGCCCAAACUGCGGCGGCCGCUGCGCAGCCGCCCAUUUCCAUUAUUGUGCCAAUAUAUAGGCGCGAGUGCUACAACGAGGUCUAUGUGGGCUCGCAUUCGUAUCCCGGCGAAGGGGUCUACCUGCUGAAAUUUGACAAUAGCUACAGCAUUUGGCGUUCCAAAACGCUUUAUUAUCGCGUCUACUACGAGCGAUAGGGCCAAAAAGAGUCCAGUAUUCGCAUGCUGGAACACUUACCAAGUGCAUAUACAUACACAUAUAUAUGUGGGGGUGUGUAGUCCAAAAAAUAUUAAAAUAGAAAUUUAUCUAAGAUCAUAAUAACAGUUAGGGGGGUGUGUGUGGUGUGGUGUUGUGUUGUGUAUUGGGGUGUGUAUGCAAAAUGUGCAUAUGCAACUAUUUAGAAACUGCACUUUUCCACUUGCAAGCUGAUUAAAUCAAUAUUAUUUAUUAUAUAGUUUCGAAAAUACAA